AUGCAAAAAGACAUUUCUUCAUUCCAAGAAAAACUGAAAGCUCAUAUUCGUGAAAAAGAGUUGGCUGAACAUCAGAUCUAUUACGCCUGUGAAGUUCGACUGUCAUGGAAGUCAUUGCCAGUCAGAAUAGCCCAAAUGAUGAAGUCUGACGUCUUAUCAGCCAAAGAGAGACUAACAUUUUUGUUGUGUGUAAAUGGAACAGGAUCACACAAACUACCACUGCUAGUCAUUGCCAACCCAGGAAGUGAUGCUGGACCACAAGACAAUGCAGAUCUUCCAUCUCGACUUGUUACCACAGAUGAUGCCAGUUUGGAUCCGGUUAUUUUGAAAAAUUGGUUCACUAAUGGUUUUAUUCCCGCAGUGAAAGUUGAAGCAGAGAAGAAUGGUUAUUCACAAAAUGCAGUACUAAUUCUUGAGAGUUCUCCAGCUCACCCAUUUGCCACAGAUGAGCUGACAACAGAAGAUGGUUCAGUUCGGGCAAUCUUUCUGCCACCGAACUGUACAAACAAAAAACUCUCUCUCUGCUCAGGUAUCCCAGAAAUUUUCAAAAAGGAAUAUAGACUCUCACAAGUAAAGAAAGCUUUUGCUGGGUCCACUGCUACACCUUCAACAAAAACAUUCCUUUUUAAGCAGUACUUAGAUGGUUUCAAUCUGGAAACAGCUCUACAGCUCUCGGUGGAUGCUUGGAGUGAUGCUAAGAGAGGGGACAUUGCACACUUAUGGGCUGAAUUUUUCAGGAAUUUGUCAAUUAGGAAAACACAGAUUCCAGACAAUGAGUGCAACAAUCAACCAUCAGUAUCAGAAAAAAUCCUUGAAAUUCUGUCCCGUCAUGAUUUCUUCAACGAUGUCACAUUGCAGGAUAUAGCAGACUGGGUCGACAAAGUGGACUCUUUUCUCCUUUUUCCCUUACUAUCAGAUGUGGAGAUCAUUGAGAAAGUGAAGAAAGAAAUUGCAAUAUUCAACAGUGAAAACAAACCAAAUGAAAAGAGAAAGCGAAAACCUUCAUUCCCUAGCGAUUCAGAUGCAGUGGUGCAUUUUGAGAAGUGUAUUCGCUGGCUGAAGAACCAGCCGGAGUGCAAUCCAGAGGACAUGAAGAUGCUUCGGAGGUUGAAGUUGAGUGCAAAAGACAAAACUAAAUGCUUGGACAGUGAGCACCAGACAUCAGAAUUACCACCAACUAGUGAGCAAAUGAUCAGUUCACUGAUUGUGCGGACAAUGAAUGAGAUCCAGUCCUCUCAAGUGGACGAAGACACAGGGUUGAACACUCUGGUAGAUGAGUCAUUAAGUGUGAUUCAAUCUGUGGACAUUCAGCGGAAGACGGAAUCACUCCUGAAGUCACCAGGGGACACUGAGAUUAAUUCCAUUCAGCGAAAGAAUCACUCUGUGAUGAACACACUUGAAGGGUCAUCGUUAGGCGUUGUCCAGCCGUCAGAAGCACUGGUACAGCCAAAGAUAGAGCCGAUGGAUUGUGUGGAUGAAGAUAUCAUAACAGAGAACACUGACAAUCCACUUGGGGGGCAGAACAAGGAUACGGUUGUUGGAAACUGA